AUGGUGCUCGACCUUCUUGGCCUCAUGGGUUCCUACGCAGCCGGGACCUGCCAUGACACCUUCGCCACCAUCUGGGUCGUGGCGCUCGCUUUCCCUGUGUUGGCCUACAUCACGUACGCUUUCGUAUGCUACCUCUGCUUGCCCCUCCGCCGCGAAGCUCCCACCCCUAGAUACCCAAACGGGUACCAAGAGAAGGAGAAGAUCGAGGUGCUCAUGCUGCUGGCGACCUUUGCCGUCACCAUCUCCUACGCCGCCGGGCUGAAUCCACCUGGCGGCUUCUGGAGCAGCACCCUGCAGCAGAAGGAGGACGCCCGCCUUCUUCACCUCGCCGGCGAUCCGAUCAUGGAAGAUAGCUCGCUCCGGAGGUACCGGGCCUUCUUCGUCUGCAACACGACGUCGUUCAUCGCGUCCUUGCUCAUCAUCCUGCUGCUCCUGGACAAGAAGUUGAGCAGGACCAUCUCGGCGCGGUUCGUGGCGCUCUACGGCUUCAUCGCCGUGGCGCUCCUGGGCCUCAUGGGGGACUAUGCUGCUGGGAGCUGCAGGGAGACUGACAAUACCAUCAAGGUCCUCUCCCUGGCCGCUGCCGUUCCUGCCUGCGUAGUCCUGCAGCUGGCUCUCAACUAUGUCUUCUACUGGCCAAUCAAGAACAUGUGUGAUAAUUUCUCCGGAUGGUUGGGGAACUUGAUUCCCGGAGGUGCCAGCGCUCUCGCGGAUCCAGACUUGAAAAAUACUCGAUUUUUCGUUAUGGUACUUGCUAGCUUCGCGGUGAGCAUCACCUACCAAGCAGGACUGGAUCCACCAGGCGGCCUCUGGCAAGAUGAUCUAGAUGGGCAUAAGAUUGGCCACCCGGUGCUCCGGACGACAGAUCCUGCUCGGUACCAGGUGUUCUUCUACAGCAACUCGGCAGCUUUCGUGACAUCUCUGGUGGUCGUAAUGAUGGUCCAGAGCAAGUUUCUGUUGAAACGCCGCACAUUGGUGGCAGCCAUGGUGCUAGACCUGAUUGGCCUCGUCAUUGCCUAUGCCGCCGGGAGCACCAGGGAUACAAGCACGUCCAUCUAUGCAAGGAGUAGCUAG